UUCAGGAUUUUUCUUUCUUUUUUAUUUUUUCUUUUUCUGUUUUUCCUUAAAGUCAUUCAUGCCCAUAAUAAAUACCUCUAUUUUUCACUAGUAUAAAAAGGGAAGCCCAUUUGCUAAUAUAAACCAUGCUUCCCUUCCCUUCCCUCAAGUCUAAAAAUUAUUCUUGACAGCAACAUAUGCAUACAAGAAAUAUACAUAGAAAAAAGAAUUGAUAUUUAUUUAUGGAAAAUUAUUAGUACUAGAUUUUUAUUUUAAAAAAUCACUACUACUACUAGGAAACAAGAAUCAAGCAAGGUGGAUCCAAGGCAUGGAAAGAGGCCUCUUCCAAUGGAAGCGUCGGCGCAGAACGCCGUGAUUUCAGGCCUUACUAGGAUUUUGGGGGAAGACGCUGCCCAACCCACCGCCGCCCCGCCGCCGGAGACUACUCAUCAAGAUCAAGAUCAAGGGAGUGUGAAGAAGCACUAUAGAGGAGUGAGGCAAAGGCCAUGGGGGAAAUGGGCGGCGGAGAUACGCGAUCCGAAGAAGGCAGCGCGCGUGUGGCUCGGAACAUUCGACACAGCUGAGGAUGCUGCACUAGCAUACGAUGACGCUGCGCUCAAGUUCAAGGGCGCAAAGGCCAAGCUCAAUUUCCCCGAGCGAGUCCAAGGCAAGACCGAGCUACGCUACCUCAGCAGCGGCGCCGCCUCAGGAGGAUCCUCCGCCGCCGCCGCCGUGGAUCCCUUGCUGCACAACACCUUCCCUGGGCUUCAGCAGUAUGCCCAGCUACUCUCCAGCAGCGACGCUGAAUUCCCUUACGCCACCUCAGCUCUCUACAACAACAACAACAACCAGCAGUUAGGUUAUGAUUAUUCCGCCUCCAUGCCGGCGCCGCCGCCUCCGCCGCAGCCGGAUUUUCAUCAGUCGAGUUUUGGGGCUCAGUAUGGCGGGUUUUAUGGUUCGGAUUUUUACAACUAUGGCAAGUACUAUGAUCCUAGCAACCCAAAUGGAUGAUUAAUUAGCUAUCAUUGAUCAUCAAAAUAUGUUUUUAUUGAUGAUCAGAAAUUUUCAAUAGUACUACUCUUGGAUUUUGGCAUGAUCAGAAUAAAAAGCUUUUGCUGUUAAGCAAUUGUGAUGACAUAUUGCUUGCAUUGCAUAUGAUCAUUAUGAUCAUUGCAUCAAUUAAUAUGUAUGUUUCUUUCUUUCUUUCUUUUUUUCCAUUGGAGAUUUUGCUUUUUUCUUCGUUUAGUAAACAUUUGUCCUCCAAUGAGAUAAUAAAUAUAUAUGCUUGUUUCUUUCUA